AUGACUGAUCACGAUUCACUUUUUACUUCACUUGCACCUCGUAUACCAAGAGGUCAUUUUAUGUUUAAAUCAUUAAAAUCGGAUCAAACUUCAUUUACAACUUUAAAUAUUAGAGAUGAAAAGGAAGGAGGUGUAUUCCAACAAGUAUCUGCAUCUGGUCCACAUCCAAUAGGUUUUAUCAAUGGUAAAGUAAUUGGAUCAUUAUGGCCACUAUUUUAA